CACAUUUUCCUUGAGAGACUCUCCCAUUUUGAAGACACUUGUCAGAUAACCCGAUAACGCUCAUUGCUUUUAAAAGCAUUUCACAAGACACAAGGACUUGGCCCCGAGUCACAUUUUUCUUAUUAACUAUACCAUUAACCUUUCAGAAACAUACCUUAUUGAGCCCAAAUAUGAGAAUCAUCUUAUCUCUUAGCUUUCUUUUAUCACUGGCCUUGGCUUCGGUUGCCCAAAUUGGAUUGACCGCGCAAUACUUUCAACUUGAUGGAGGCAAUCAAAAGAGUAUCAAAUUAAGCUGGCAAGCAGACCCCAAGGUUCAAAAUUUCACAGUCUUGCGCAAAUCCGGCGGAACCAGUUCCAUGAUUGCGCAAACACAGGGCAACAUCUACGAUGACCUUGGAGUCACGGGAGGGCAACUUACCUAUCAGGUGCUCGUUAACGGAGACCCUUCCAAGAGCUCGAACGAAGUGACGAUAUCCAGUGACGCGCCGAUAGGCUCCAGGACGUUCUCUGUAUUCGAUAACACUCAGCCUUCAACCCUCAAAGCGAUCUCUAAAAUCAAACUAGGCAGCACUUACUAUAAUUACGUGAUCGAGAGCGAUACCAAUGCGAUGUCCCAAAUCAUCGAACAAACCUCAACCGAUGGCUACACAUUUUCCGGUAGAAGGGUGCUCUUGACCCGCAAAGAAGUCUGCGCAGCAAGUACCGAUGGGUUUUGCAAGCUCGAAGCGGUCACUUUUGUCCAGAAUCCAAAGAACUCUGAAGUACUCAUGUGGGCGCACUGGGAAAAUAAGCAAGAUUACGGACAAGCUCGGGUCGCGGUGGCCUUUGGACAACCGGGUGGCCAGUGGAAAUUUGGUGACUCCUUCAGACCCCUUGGGCACGACUCCCGCGAUCUCACAUUUUUUCAAGAUGACGACGGUUCCGGAUAUCUGAUCUCCUCUACCAAUAUGAACACGGACAUGAAUAUCUACAAGCUCACGGCCGAUUGGCACAAUGUAACCAGUCUGGUGUGCACCGUCCUGAAAGGCGAGAGAAGGGAGGCGCCUUCGUUGAUUACUCAUGACAAGGUCUACUACCUGUUCACAUCCAAAGCAGCGGGCUGGUACCCCUCUGCAGGUGAAUACAUUUCCGCCACUAGCCUCGCGGGACCGUGGAGUAAGAGUCGGGGUAUCGGCAAUCUUUCUGGCUUUGGAGCUCAGUCGGGUCAGGUACAAAAGAUAGGCUCUUCAUGGGUGAUGUGCGCCAAUCAGUGGAGUGCCCAAUGGCUUGACCCAGAACCUCCCAGUCACCAAAUCCUCUUGCCGAUCUCACUGUCGAACGGGUACGCCGAUUAUCAUUUUUAUCAUCAACUGAGAUAUCUUGAUGGCGAGUCCCAAUCCGGUGUUUACGGCGUCCAGAGCGGUAAGGUCCUUUCUGUUGGUCAGAGAUCUUCUGCCACCCCAAGCGUUGCAGGCUUCGAAGAAAUCAAAGCGACCAAUGGCGUUAACCUAGACCCCAACAACUUCUACCAACCUUCAACGGGGUCAUUUUUCUACACAAUCGAGUUAGAUGUUCCCAGCGUUCUGACUCAGUUUGAUCUGACGACGAGGCUGGUUGGUGGGAGUGAAACAUCUUAUCAAUUCACAAUUUCCGGAAGAGCCAGUCCGACAAGCCCAUUCGAAGUGAUCGUAGACAAGAGCAAUAAUACCCGGGUUGGAUUUGUCACCAGCACGCUGUCGAGCUCGAAAAUGUAUUCGACCGUCAGACUCGACGUCAAAAGCGUCCUGAAUGUCCAUAACAAGAACCCCGCCAAUUGGGCAGAAGGUAUACAUCAAUUCACCGUUUACGGCCAGAAUGCGAUGAUGCUGGGCCAGCCCGCUAGCCAACGUACUCUAAGAUCCACCCGACGAAGAAUUUAAGAUCUAUCGGGGAAUCUGAAUGCGCUAGCGCCGAGGAAAAUCUAAUGAAUUGCAAGUAUAAUAGAUCGUUUCGGGCCAAUAUAUGUAUGAUGGGUUUUAUUUUAUAAACCUCUGUUUUUGCAACGAGAUAAAUCAAUCGUCGAAUGAAUAUUUUAGAUAGAUAUCCUCCAUGAAAAAAAAAGUUAAUCAAACGAUAGAAAUUUGUUACCUACAAAUAUUUCCAUGAUGUCAUCAAAU